AUGUCGCGGGAUGAAACAGAUGGCUCGUUGAGCGACGUCAAUCCUGAUCUGCUGGAGCUCUGUAAGGAUCCAGCGGCGUGGCGAGAGCAACGGCGUCGGGCGCUACAGGAAAAGGUGUUUUGCCGCGGAGGAGCUACGAAUAGCGGAGGUGGCUCUGGCGCUCCUUUUCCGACUGGCUCCAUCCCUGCAAGAGAAUCUGUGUCUGGUGGUUCUAAUGGGGGUCGCCAAUCGGGUCGUACAGCGGAGGAACAGGAAGCAUAUGUUCUUGAGCAGCUGAUGUCGCACAAGCGGAGGCGUGAGGAGGCAGCCAAGGUGGAGGAUGCACAAACUGAUCAGGUUGCUGCCAAUAAGCUUUCGACAAAGGAUAAACUAUUGCAGCAACUCAAAAAAAGAAAGUAG